AUCUUGGUUUGGAAGAGCAGAAGAAAACCUUUAAAUACAAAUUUAAAAAUAAACCUCCUGUACAAAGAAACGGUGAGGUACACUGGACAGACAGAACUCGCUCAAGUCUUCUGGAAGUGUGGCAGCACGUGGUCACAUGACCUGGAAGAGAAAACCCAAGAGACUUCUGGGAUCCCUCUCUGAAUGGGCCGGUUAUCAACCUGGAAAGAAGUCUAAAGGCUGAUGAACUGAUCCGCACAGCGACACAGCUGCGCUCUCUUACCCUCUUCGUCUGUCCAAUCUCUCCAUUUAUGUCCUGAGAUCCACAAUUUUCUGCAACUCUGGUGACUGGUUGGCUGCUGUACCAUCAUUCUACUCCUGGGGAUUUCCUGUCACGUGACCAUAUUCCUGCUUCACCUCCACUCCUAGUAUGGAACUCAACAAAGUCCAGUCAGAGGGCGGGCUGAAUGUGACCCUGACCAUCCGGCUUCUCAUGCACGGCAAGGAAGUGGGAAGCAUCAUUGGAAAGAAAGGGGAAACUGUGAAGAAGAUGCGUGAAGAGAGCGGCGCUCGCAUCAACAUCUCAGAGGGAAACUGUCCUGAGAGGAUCGUAACCAUCACUGGACCCACAGAUGCCAUCUUUAAGGCCUUCGCUAUGAUCGCAUACAAGUUUGAAGAGGUGCUGGUCGGAUACAAUAGCGGCGCUCGCAUCAACAUCUCAGAGGGAAACUGUCCUGAGAGGAUCGUAACCAUCACUGGACCCACAGAUGCCAUCUUUAAGGCCUUCGCUAUGAUCGCAUACAAGUUUGAAGAGUCCCCACCGAAAGGUGCCACCAUUCCCUACCGCCCAAAGCCCGCCUCCACCCCUGUCAUUUUUUCAGGUGGCCAGGCCUACACAAUUCAGGGACAAUAUGCCAUUCCACACCCAGAUUUGACCAAGCUCCACCAGUUGGCUAUGCAGCAAACCCCCUUUACCCCCCUCGGACAGACCACCCCUGCUUUCCCUGGUCUGGAUGCAAGUCCCCCGGCCAGUACUCAUGAACUCACCAUUCCCAAUGAUCUAAUAGGCUGUAUAAUCGGGCGCCAGGGAACCAAAAUCAACGAGAUCCGUCAGAUGUCUGGAGCACAAAUCAAAAUAGCUAAUGCCAUGGAAGGGUCAUCAGAGCGCCAGAUCACCAUUACAGGAACCCCCGCCAACAUCAGCCUUGCCCAGUACCUCAUCAACGCAAGGCUGACGUCUGAGGUCACUGGAAUGGGCACUCUCUAAUUUCUACCCAUGAUCCUUCACUGCAUCACAUGACCCUUGAGCCAAUGGCAUUGCACCUAGUUUGUUUUAUCUCUGUAGUUUUGCUGUCCUGUAUUUUCAGUAAUUCUGACUCAUUUCUGUUCUAUAAUGUGCACAUAUUUAAAAUCUCAGUUUGAUAUUACUCCUACUCAGCCUUUGUUGUGCUCCUGAUGGUCCUUUAAUUAUUACCUUAUAAUUAUUUUAAAAGACACUUUAAUUUUUUUGACUCUCUAGUACCUCAUGUCCUGUUUUGCCAUAGCUUUAACUGUGAAUUCACAUUUUCUGGUCCGUAUUCUGUGGUGUGGUACAGCAAAGCCAAUGAAAUCCUCCACUUUCCAAUCUUUCAUUAGGUUAGAAUGAGUUUGUAAUUUUAAAAGCAGUGGUCCUGUGCUUUGCUCACUGGGUACCUUACAACAGUGCAUCUCAUACAUGAAUAAUGAAACCAACUGAUGGAGUUGGAAUGUUUGCACCACGCCUGUACGAUUUGUCUGCAUCUGUCAUUGUGGCAUGCGGAGUAACACAGA